UGUUUUUCGUGACUGCAAAUGCAAAUUGUGCGGGAUUGUUUUGGAAGUAACACUGGCAGGAAGUGUUCCUAACACAUGGUGUGUCUGCUUUCAGAUGUACUAGUUACUUGAGCCUGACUCCUUACGCUGAUGUCAGUAGGACUCAGGAGAGCAACACCACUUGAGCUCAGGUACAGGUUACCUUGUUAAUCUAAAAGAUGAGAGACGAAUUCCUCAAAAAAAUGAGGGAACAUCUUUACUUGGAUAUUGAUUUUCACCACAAGUCCUCUAUAUUACCGCUACACACAUCUAUUGCACUUUUUUUGAUAUCGUACUGUGAGAGUCGCACAUUUGAUAUUUUCAUUGUACAUCAUGAAGGUGAUGCACACAACAUACCCAACGAGGACUUGUUGCCUAAAAAUUUGGAUUUAAAAGUCAUCUCAAGGGAUGAUCUCCCCCCAGUUGUUCAGAGCUGUCGGUUGCCUGCAAUUAUGGAGGCUUCUGGGACUUUCUGCAGGGCAGGCCUGGCAGUAGUGCUCCGACACAUUAUACAGAAAGCCUACCAAGCUGAACCUUCCAGGAAGGAUAUCACUGAGCUCUUGGGUUUUAAGAAAACUUGUCUAAAGGCUUGUGCAGAAGUGAGCCAGUGGACCAGGCUCUGUGAAAUCAGCAUCCCUUUGGCAGUUGAACUGUUCUUAAAGGAACCUUCUGAACAUAUCCCGUCAGAAGUGCUACAACUUGAAAAAAAACUUGGUGAACCAGUCAAGGUCCACAAUGAUGAUAAAAUUCGGCGGCAGAAGUUGCAACAACAAAUGAAAGCUGGUGAAAAUAAUGCCCAUAAAGAAUCAAAUAAAAAGCUAGAAGAAACAUGUGCAGCACCAUCGGUACCCAUCCUUGUGGAACAUCCAAGCUUAGACUUGCAAGCUGCUCUUUCCAAACUGGCUGUGCAAAAAGGUGCAAACAGGACCACAAGAGAACCCUCUCAGAUCAGGAAGGCUAAGGCUGCAGAUCUUCCUUCUCUUGAACAUGUGUUUGCUGAAGGCCUCUUCUUCACUCUUACAGAUGUUGUUCUUCUGCCAUGCAUCCAUCAGUUUUUGGUUGCAUUGGAAAAGGUAGUGCAAGACAAAAUCACAGAAAUGCCUCUUAUUGCGGGAUGGUACAAACGGGUCCAGCAGGUACCUAAUGUGAAGAAGGCAGCUACCAUGUGUAAUAUUACAUUUGUAUCUAUUACCGAUGCAAGCAGUAGCCAAGAAAAGCAGCUCCAAGCUUCCACAAUAGAAACAGAAGGCAAAGAGCUGUCUGAUGCUCCAUUUCUAGGAGGACCAAGACCAACCCUGACCAAGUUGAAGGAACAUGGGAUUAAUGCUGUAUUUUCUUCUCAUCCCUGUCCUUCAUGGAGCAUUGACUGGAAAAGUGUGCCUUCCGCUGCAAGCCCUGCAGAAGGGAAGAUGUCCAGUGACCGUGCACUGAGGAAACAACAGCAACUAAACAAUCUGGUAGCACUUGUGACGAGCAUGGCUAAACCUGGAAACAUUAUUGUGGAUUUUUGCAGUGGAGGGGGCCACGUUGGGAUUGUGUUGGCUCACAUGCUGCCAUUAUGCCAGGUAGUGCUGAUCGAAAAUAAAGAAGAAUCUCUUUUACGAGCUAAGGACAGAUGCAAUGAGCUUGGAUUAAACAAUGUAUGGUUCAUUCAAGCCAAUUUAGACUACUUCACUGGAGCAUUUAAUACUGGGGUGGCCCUACAUGCAUGUGGCGUUGCAACGGACAUGGUGAUUGAGCACUGCAUCAAAAGAAGAGCGUCAUUUGUUGUCUGUCCUUGUUGCUAUGGUUUCAUACAAAACACAGUCAAGACCACAUUUCCUCGAAGUUGCCGUUUUCAGGAAACAUUGUCCUACAAGGAGCACAUGGUUCUCUGCAGAUUUGCCGACCAGACAGAAGUCCAGCUUCCAUUGGAACGGAGGCAGAUAGGAAAACAAUGCAUGGGUUUGGUUGACCUAGAUCGAGUGUGGGCUGCUGAACAAUGUGGCUACAAGGCACAGGUUAUCUCUAUGGAACCAGAAAGUUGUUCACCAAAAAACAACCUGAUUGUGGGCUCUCCCAAUUAAACAAGGAUUGGAAAAAAUAUUGCAGUUUAGGCAAUUUUAUCUCUUAAUUUGUUUGUAUUUUAAAGCGCAAAUAAUAAAAUACAUUUUAGUAA